CAACAGCACCACCCGCGAGGCUCACCCCGCGACCAUCCGGACAAACAACUCUACAACUUACCAUCAUUCACUUCCCAUCCCGGCCACAUCGCCAAACAUACAACAACACUCUCCCCGGCGCAUGUACAGACGAACGCGCGACCAACGAACCCGCACCGUAUAGCGAGCAACUGUCCGAUCGAGCUCGCUGCGAACAGAUGCAAUCGCGCACAACCCGGCAUUCUGCUUAGGUCGACGACGCAGCAGCUUGUCGCAGAGACGGAUUUCCACAGCCAGUCACGUCGUCGUUGUCCUCGUCCUGCGCGAUCACCAUGUCUUUCCGAGGCGACGGUCAGCGCCGUUAUGGCCAUAUCCCCCCGGUACAAUACCCCACACCCGACCAGUCGCAAGAUCAGUCGGCUUACCUCGGGCGGCGGCCGAGUUUCAACAACGGCGAUGAUGCCGCAAUGUUUGAUCAGAGCCGGGCGCAAGCUCGUGGUCAUCAGCAGUCCGCCUCGAGAGGAGGCGAAGACGAACUCUUUUUGACGAGCCCGACAACUUCAAGCCAUUCUGGAGGCCGGCACAGCUACGGAUCGACAAACAAUGCGCUUUCUGGUUACCAACACCAGUACCAAGCUUCCUCGCCUCCAACCUCUUCGCAUUCUAGCUACAACCCCCAGGCCUUUGCGCGGACGCCUUCGACGGCCUCGACAUCUCUCCCAUACCACCCCGGUCCCCCGAGUCGAUACGGAUCUGCCGCUUCGCCGACAUCAUACACAGCUCCAACACAAUCUAGCUACCAGCCGGCGGCGUAUAAUCCGGCUGCAUAUGCGAGCACAACAGCCCCCCAGCGUCAACCGACAUACUCCGGCUAUAACAACUACAGUCAAAGCUACGGUUCUCCGACGGCUCCUCAAUCCUCUCAGGGGUUCGGCCACUCACCUACCUCCUCAUACCAGGGCACUUUCCCCUCCGCGCCAUCCGCGACUUCGCCGGCACCGACCUAUGACUCGACUUUUUCGCAGUCUUAUGGCAACAACUACAACUCCUAUCCAACAAAUGGUAACAGCUCGGCAGCGUCGUACGCUUCGGACAACUCGCAGACACCCUACCCGAUCCAGUCAUCGAUGCCCGUCGGGCCAAACUACGCCGAUCCCUCUUCCUUUUACAGCAGGUCUGACUCGGCAGCAUCCCCGAUUCCGUCUCCGCAGAUUCAACAGCAGCACUCCCCCGGCUUGCAACGACACCCUACAAAUGCCCCUCUACCCAGCCGGCCUAUGGAUGAGCCCACCUGGGACCCGAGCUCCAUCACUCCCACAGACGAGGACCAAGCUCAACUACAAGACUCUCUGCUCCAAGACAUCGAGGCUGAGUUGAGCGGUCGGCACCGCCCCAUGCCCAUCAACGGACAAUUCUCCGACGACGAGCUUCAAGGACUACGGCGGUAUAACUCAGAUCUGGCUUCCGCCGGCAUGGCACCCACCUCGAACGCGCCGACUGCCAACCGGGCUCCGAUUCCGACAAUCGAUUAUGACGAUGAUGAUGACGACCCAGAGGGAACUGCGGGGGUGUUGGCAAUGCAGCAAGCGGAGCUGGACGACAAGAGAUUCAGCAGCGUGCCAUUUGCUUUCCCCGAGCCAGUCACUAUGAACCCUCUUCCACCGCCACCCGAAGAACAGAGUGAUGAUACCGACUACGGCGGUAUGGACUUGGGUGCGCUCGCUGGCGGGUAUGCUGGCAACCUGGCAUACGGCAGCGAAGUUGGUCCAACACCGGCCCAGGACGGAUCACGGCCGCUGCCCAACCCCAACGAGUACGAUGUUUCUCACGAGGCCUACGAACGGGCUCCUGCUUUCCGAGAUGCUGAAGUCGACUACGGCGGUACUGGCGGCCUGCAGGCACCGUCCGCUCACCGGCUGAGCUUCGACGAUGGCGAUGAACACGUAUCGCUGCACUCGAAACAGAGUGGCAGCGAGUCACCGUACAAGGAGGACUACCCUGACCUCUACUACCAUCCAGGUCUUUCCAAUAGACCGCUUCCGGCGCUUCCCCCAGGCCCCGGUAGCGACACAAGCUCUCUACUCUCAGUUCAUCCAACAACUCGCAGCUACCACUCCCACUCGCUCAGCACCGACUCGAGGACACUGCAUGAUGGCGGUUCGGACUACCAUGGAGGAGGUUCUACUACCGGCCUCAACUCUCCAUUCCCGGAGCGAUCCAUUUCCCUGUCGAGCCACAGCCACACGCCCCAAGUCCAAGCCCCGGUUCGGUCACGGACAGACGCCGCAGAAGAGAGGAGGAAGAUGGCCCGCUACCAGACUCAGCAACAACAGCUUGCGGCGCAACAAGGCCUCCCAUACGAUGGGUAUGAGUCGAAUACUCCGUCCUCAAUGACGUACGACGUGAUUACACUACCUAGCGGCCGUAAGAGGAAGUUUGUGCCGUCCAAGCUUACUUCUGGCGAUAUCAGGAGGUGCUCUGAACCCUGGGCUCUCAGUGGAAUCGCCUCAUGGAUUCGCGAAAUGGCCGAUGGCGAACCGGACUUGAAGCAGAAAACAGUCGAAGAGGCAUUGCUCAAGCUAUUCACCGAAAAGGUUCCAACCAUCAAUGUUGCCGAUGCUGAGCUCCUGAGCACACUCGUCUCACAGCUGAUGCUGGACGCUGGAGUUCUUGUGCCAGAGGAGGAGUGGGUCAAGUUCGGAAGCGGUACAAUAUCCGGAGUCCUACCUCAAUUGACGGGCUAUGGCUGUUAUGCUUCGAAGUUGCAUGAUGACGACUCGCAACCUGGACGCUGCUACUCGCAUCAUUGCAUGAGGACGCUCAGAAAGGCCAACCUGGAUGAUAUGCUCCUCGAAGAGGUUAAGCCGGCGGAUUGGAAUGUUCAUUAUAAGAUACAAGACGCGGAACUCGCCGAAAAGCCCAAGAAGGAGAUUGAGCGUCAGCACGUCCUCCAUGAGAUCGUCAACAGCGAGGAGUACUUUGUCAAUCAGCUCGAGGUUCUCCGCGUACUAUACCGAGACCAUCUGCGGAACUCUCAGCCUCCCAUCAUUCCACCCAACAAGAUCGAUAAGUUCCUUCAAGUCGUGUUUGGGAAGGCAGACGCCGUCCAGCUCGUUAACAAGGACAACCUUCUAGCACAGCUCAAAUACCGGCAGCAAGAGCAGGGCCCCUGGGUGUCAGGAUUCUCUGAUGUCUUCCGUGAAUGGAUCCGGAAGGCCAAAGAUAUCUACAUCGACUAUGCGUCUCAAUUCCCGUAUGCAGAGUACAUGGUGCGGAAAGAGUCUGACCGAAAUCUUUUAUUCCGCAAUUUCCUAGAGCAGGUCAUGAGACACAAGCGCUCCGAACGUCUGGGAUGGCAGCAUUUCCUCAAGACCCCCAUUACACGUCUGCAGAGAUACUCUUUGCUUUUAGAAACGGUUGAGAAGAAGACCCUUCGAGACGAUGAGGAGAAGGCCAACUUGGCCAGGGCAAUCGCCGAGAUCCGCAAUGUCACAAUGGAAUGUGACACAAAGGUUGCCGAGAUGCAAAAGAAGGUUGAAAUGAUGGAGCUCAACUCAAUGCUCGUCCUCAGGCCUGGUUUCCACUCCGUCCUCAACCUUGACCAUCUCGGUAGGGAGCUUAUCAAGCAGGGCGAUCUGCAGAGAAUGGGCUCGAAGGGUGUCAGAUGGGUGGACACGCAUGCCUUGCUCUUUGACCACUACUUCAUCCUCGCAAAGGUCGUGAGUCCGAAAGACGUCAGAGGGGAGAAGAAGUAUGACGUAUCAAAAGAGCCCAUUCCUAUGCCUCUGUUAUUCCUCGACAGCAUGAACGACGACCCCAUUUCGAAGCAGAAGGGUAUUACUGCUCCUUUGGCCCGCGCUGGCGGCGCAGGUUCAGACCCAAGGUUGAAUAGGAUUGCUACCAACGGCACUGAGCGUCCGGGACUGGAACAUGUCGCAACAAGCUCUUCGGUUGGAUCGACCUCAGCGGCCAGGCUUACGCCGACAAUGUCCAACGACCCUGAGGGCAAGAUCCUCUACCCUUUCAAGAUCAAGCACCUGGGCCACGAGACAUACACACUGUAUGCUACAUCUGCUCAGAGCCGCGCUGAAUGGGUUGAGAAGAUUAUCGAGGCCAAGACACGGCACGCCAAAGCUCUCUUCUCUCAGAACGCUGAGCCAUUCCGUCUACGCGUACUGGCAGACAGCGCAUUCGUAUAUGAUGCGGCUUCAGCUGUCGGCAGACAACCAGGCGUUCCCAUCCGCGGCACCCCUCUCGACCGAGCUGUUCGGGAGAUUGAGGAAGUGUACGGACCAGGCAGAGGACCAGCUCCCGUAUGCAGAGCCCAGGUCAAUUGUGCUUGCGGCUUCAACGCAUUUGGCAAGUCGAUCGUUGCCAUUGGAACAGACUACGGCGUGUACAUCUCCGAUGCCACGAAUCCCCGCGGCUGGAUGAGGAGUGUGCAAACAAAUAGAGUGACACAAAUAGCUGUUCUGGAGGAGUUUUCCGUGUGUCUCGUGAUUGCAGAUCGCUCUCUCAUCGCUUACCCCCUCGAUGUAAUUGCGCCAGUAUCGAACUUCCCUGCCCCUGCUCACGACAACCCGAGACGGGCGCCACAAAGGUUAGCAAAGGACGUUGCCUUCUUUGCCACGGCGCGCAUGAAGGAACGCAUGUUGGUAUUCUUCAAGCGGAAGGAAGGUAUGCACAACACCUUCAAGGUACUCGAACCCGUCUUCCAAAAGGCUUCAGAAAAGAGACCUCGGAUCUUUGGUGGCCGCAAGGGUUUGGGGGGCAGCACCGACUCCUUCCGCGACUACGACGAAUUUUACCUUCCGACGGAAUGCUAUUCUCUCAAUCUCUUCCAGAGCUAUAUCGCCGUAUCAACGGCAAAAGGGUUCGAGUUGCUUACCCUCGACAAGAAGCAGACAAUGUCCAUCCCGGAUCUGAAACAGCCUGCCAUUGCGAACAUUGCAAGCAGGAUACGGGAUCAAAGACCUCUAGGCAUGUUCAGGUUGAACGACCAAGAGUUCUUGCUGGCGUACGAGGAUUGUGCCGUCUACGUAGACAAGCACGGCGACGUGAGUCGCACUUUGAUUAUGGAGUACUCGGGCAAGCAGAAGAAGGCUAUGAGCGCGACAAUGUAUGGCCAGUACCUUCUCCUUUUCAACGGAGACUACGUUGAGGUGCGCAACGCCGAGAACGGUCGCCUCAGACAAAUCAUUGCAGGUCGCGAUGUUAGGUGCCUUGACUUUGGCGUUAGAGGCCCCACUGGUGGCAAUGCCUCUGCCUCACAAAACAGUUGGCUCGGCGGGCAGACACCCGCAGGGGAGGACUCCAAGGGAACAGUCAAGAUAUCCAUGAGUCACCCAGAACAACACGGCGUGCAGGUCGUUCUCGAGAUGCUUCUCAACAACGGGCAUAUGGAGAAAUAGAACAGGACAGUACGGUGGUUCAUAUCGGACGAGAUGCAUCGGGAUGCCAUGAUUGAUGA